AUGGUGUUGCGCGAGAUGGAGAUCGAGCCAUUCUACCUGCGGAUCGACGGCAAAUGGGUUUUCGUCGAUGAGGAGGUCCUCAAGGCGCAUCCCGGCGGCAGCGCCAUCACCACCUACCGCAACAUGGACGUUAGUCUCUUUUUUCUUCAGUUUGCAGGUUCUGACCAAACUUUCGAAGAAGGUAUAGCUGAUUCACGGCUGGCUUGAGCCAUCGAAAAAAGGGCCCUGACACGAAAAUGCACGAGAUGGUGCCUGGAUCGUGGAGAGUGCAGAGAGACCACGCCCCUUAGCGUCCCAAGCUAGCCGUGAAAGCUAUAGCCUCAGGUAUGACUACGCGAGAAAAAAUCUGCUACUGACUUGAAACUGCUGUUUUCUCUGCGCCCUCCUCGUCUCUCAACGACCCUCUCUCCUUGACGCGCUAUUUUCGCGUUUCUCUGACCUCGCCGGUGAGGGACUAGAGAGACGCAGACAGUCGAAGAGUGUCAACUUGAACCUUCUGCUUGUCUGCGUCUCUGUGUUCCCUCACACGGACAGAAAGUUUCAAGCUUCACAUUUUUCGAGUGUCUGCGUCUCUCUGAUCCCUCACAGGUCAGAGAAACAUGAAAAUAGCGCGUCAAAUUGAGAUAGUCACCGAGAGACGAGGAGGGCGCAGAGAAAAAGUUGCGAAAAACAGAGUAUUACAAGGAAAAAUGUAGGAAUCCAUCAGGAAAAACUGCAAAACUUCGGAUUUUGGUCAAAAUUUUGCUCUCGUUCGGUUUUUUUCGACUCGAGAAAAAAUCGCCAAAAAAUAAAAUUGAUUUUUUUUCGAAAGUCUGUCAAAUUUCCUGAGAACUUUUAGGGUUAUUAUGUAAAGCUCUGUAAUUUACAGUAGCCAAGAGGCUAAAAGUUAAAAAAAAACCACUCUAAAAAUUGGCAACUACCCUCAAAAUCUUGAAACUUUUUUUCGGAAAAGAAAGGAAGAGUUCUGUAACAGUAGACCAUCCAGAUAGUUUUUUUUUUCACACUUCGUGGCCUUUUUUUUCUUUCAAAUCAGCGUUAAAAACGGAUCUGAAUAUCCCAUUCUUUGAGAAAAAUCGUGGUAAUUUUUUUAGUGCAGAGAAAUUCAAAAUGUCCCUAGAGUGACCACUAAUUUUUUUUCUGCGUUGGAAUUUACCAGGCAUAGUCAAUAUGGCAAAACUUUGAAAAACUCACUUAAGUGAUAACUUUGAGAACCUUUAUGAAUUUUUAUUUCCUAAUUUUCUAUUCAACUUCGAAGUCAUAAGUAGCCACUUGAGUGAUUUCACUGGGAUUUUCCCAAAAUCACUGAUUUUUUUUUUACUUUUUUCUGAAAAAUAGAUAGUGCAACUCCCAUGAUAUCACUCCAUUCUCAACUCUUGUUUAUUAUUAUUUUUCAUCAGGUGUCAAUUGUUUUCAUUACAAGGUGUAGCCAAAGCUAUGAACCAUAAUUGGACAUUCUUUCAAAACAUCCGCACAAAAAACAACGAAAAUAAAUGGAAAAAAACUGGAAAGACGAAUUUUAAGGGCUCAAAGGAUAUAACUAAACCGGAGAGGAAUUAUUAUUUUUUCAACUUUUUCCCUUUCCCUCCUUUUGAAGUAUUACACGAAGAGUAGAAAUUUCCCUUUCUCGGUCCCUUUCCAAUCAAGUCUUCAUUGGUUCUAGGGAAUUCGCUACAUGAACAUUGACCACCAGGACCUUGCAAAUAUUUUUCCAAAAGCAUCCUUUUCCAUUCCCCAUUUCCCGGAGGUUAUUUGGGUAGAAAGAACACAAAACGAAGUGCGCCGUGUGGCGUGCUUUUCAUGCGUCCGAUCAACCUUAUCAAUCAAUCAAAUCGGGCGAAACUACAGGGAAAAAGAGAACGCGUGCGUUUUCUGAAAAUCGACAUGAAGUAGUGAUAGUGAGAGGAGUUUGGAGAGUACGCUUACGAUUUUAAAACGGGUUUUAAUGACGUAAUUUCGACAUGUCCAUCUAAUGUGUCAAAAAAAUAAUGGCAAAAAACGAUAAUGCAAAAAGAUUCGAACCUUCCUCAUAGGCUUCGCUGACUUCCGCGCUAGCCACUGCACCACGCUUCUAGCUCUCAUGCAAAAGCUCGUUGUGCGGAGAGAUACAUUCCAAAAAAAAAAGUCACUAGUUUUAGGCCAAAAACUUUAAAAAAUCAUAUCUCCAAAACUAAAAGUUUGCACAGAUAGCGACUAUGGGGGAUUGAUUUCCAGUCCAUCAGAGAGUUUAUAGAAAACUCCAAAUCCUACGCCAAAAUGACCUUCCAUAUUAGUUUUCUAGAGCCGCAGAUUGUAACCUUUCACAGAAAAACUUUAGAAAUCCCUUAAGUGAUCCCUCAAAAUAUGCUUACAGGCGACCACAGUGUUCCACACAUUCCACCAAGGAUCCAAGCCGGCUUACAAAUGGCUCACCGAGCUCAAGGAAAAGUGUCCCACUCAGUCGCCGAACAUCAAGCCGGUCAAGGUCCGAGAAACUUGAAAAAAAAAAUAAAAGUAUGGAAAAUGUUCAGGAAGACAUGCUGAAAGGCUUCGACGACGUGAACAUGGGCAAAUUCGACAUUUCCGACGAGAAAUCGGCUGAAAUUUCGAAGAACUUUGACAAACUUCGGAUACGAGUCAGAGCCGAGGGAUUGAUGGAAGGCAGCGCUCUUUUUUACAUCAGAAAGGUUGAUUUUUGAAUUUUUUGUGUUUCUAACUGAUACAGAACUUCUUGUGGAACAUUAUCAAGACUUACUGCAGAAAUUUCAAGUGGCCUCUUUAGGGUUUUGACGGUUUAGUUGCCACUUAAGCGGCCUCUUUAGAGAGCGACUACGAUACCACUAAAACCACUAUAAUGACCACUAAGACGCAUAGUAGUAGCUUCUAAAGAGGUGGUUUUAGUGUCCUACCCAAGUAGUCCUUAAAGGCAUAGGGGCAGUAAAAAAUGGGGUUUCAGGUGAAAGCAGUAUCUUAUACAGUUUUUCUUUGCGAAUCGAAUGGUGUACUCGAAAAAAUUACAGAUGUGACUAUUUUUGAAGAAAAACGCGAUUUUACUCUCCCGCCUUUAAUUUUGAAAAAGGCUUUGGAUCGGUAUGCAGACAAUUGUUUACAGUAGCCGUGCACGCGAUGUUGCGGACGUCUCAUUAGACUCGCAUUUUGUGAGAAAUAACCGGAUAUCUGCUUCAAAUUAAGGGUUUCUAUUCUGAAAAAUCGAUUAAGAAAACAGAAAAUACACACUGAUAAUAAAGAAAACACAAAUAAUCGCUUUCCCAAUCGAAACCUGUGUAAAAUCAUCAUUUUUCACCAAAGAAGCAUAUUUGCGAUUGAAGUUUGCAAAUUAUACAUGAAUAGAAAGCUUUCGUGACGAAAAGAACUUUGGUGAUAACAGAAAAAAUUGAAAAUUGAAAGAAACGAAGAAAAAAGCGAAAAUCCGGAAGAUGACGAAGCCUGUUGUCCAUAGAGCAACUUUACUGCGAAACCCCCUUUUUGGCGGCAACUCAAACUUUCCUCUCUCCGACUUUGAAUAAUUUUUUCUUCAAAACUAGGAACUUCUGUACGUUUUCAAGUUCACCGUUCGAUUCGCAAUCAAAAGCUCUAUAAAUAACCGCUUUGAACUGAAACACCGUUUUUUACUGCCCCUAUGCCUUUAAGGGAUCUCUUAAGUGGCCGCAGGAGUUUCGCACAGAAUAUAGAUGCAUUUUAAAAAACUCGUCUUUUUCUGAUGACGUGAACAUGGGAAAAUCAGGCUUUGACGUUUGAGUGGCCACUUAAGUGGAGUUAAAACUAGUGGCCUUUUUGGAAGCCCAAUGGGUACUACGAGAGCAUUAAAACUACUAUAAUUGCCACUAAGAAGCGAAUUAGUGACUUGUAUAGAGAUGGCUCUAGUGGCCACUUUAGUGUCCUAUCCAAGUAGUCCUUGAGGGGCCUCUCAAGUGUCCGCUAGAGUAUUUUUGAAAAAUUGUUCUCUUUAAGACCCUCGAAUCGAUCGGGCUCAUCUGCCUGGCGGUUUACCUUCAACUGAGCCUCGGUUGGUACAUCCCUUCGGCGAUUUUGAUGGGCCUCGCUUGGCAGCAACUCGGCUGGCUCAUCCACGAGUUCACCCACCAUCAAAUGUUCAAAAAUCGACAUUACAAUGACCUGGCUAGGUUCGGAAAAACUUGAAAGCUGAAAAAAGGGAAAAAGUUCAGUUAUUUCGUUGGAAACUUCUUGCAAGGCUUCUCUUCGGGAGGAUGGAAAGAGCAGCACAAUAUCCACCACGCCGCCACGAAUGUCGUUGGCAGGGACGGAGAUCUCGAUUUGAUGCCCUUCUACGCGACGGUCGCUCAGGAUUUGAAGGUGAUCAUCUCCUUUCUGGAAAUUUCGGGUCGUCUUAUUUAAAAUUGAAGAACAAAUUGAUGAAAUCGCGUUCAUGAGAAUCGAAACAGCCAUGAUUCAUUCAGCCUAUAGAAAAAUCUAAUACUUCAGAAGUUUUAAAAUGUUUUUUCCUUCAAGCUUUGACUCGAUGAAAGUUGGUAAAGAGUGAAAAUCGAAAAAGUGGUCCCUCUGGGGUUCAGGGUCUGACCCCUAAAGCUCAAGUGGUCCCUAGAGGGGCCUUUCAAUUUCAUUCAAUAAACGCAUGUCCCCUAUAAGGACCACUUUUGCAAGCCUUACUGACCCUUAUAGGGGUUAUAAAGUGGUCUCUAGAGCCUCUAGACUAGAAGGUACCCUCUAAGGGCCUUUAAAGGCCAAGGUUGUCCCUAUAGGGACCACUCUGGAGUUCCUAAUUGAAGAACCUUCCAGUAAAGACCCGCUUUUUAGAGCCCUUGUGAAAACUGAAAACUGAAAAGAGAAAAAACUCCAAAAUAUCCGGGCUUUCUCAUGAAACAUUUUUCAAGAUGGCCGACAGUUGGCUUCUGUCGGUGCUGAGCUACCAGCACGUCUACUGGACCGUCAUGCUGCCUUUGCUUCGACUUUCCUGGCUCCUUCAGUCGGUUCUUUUCGUCCGAAGCAUGCCGACCCAUUAUUACAAGUACUAUCGGGACACUGCGGUUUAUGAACAGGUCUUUUUCAGCUUUUAAAAUGGAGAAAAAAUAAAAGCGUGAUUUUUAGGUUUCCCUCAGUUUGCACUGGAUUUUGGUGGCGUUGCAGCUUUACCUUCUUCCUGACACGCAGACGAGGUUUUUCGAUUUUUUGGAGUUGAAAUUUUUGAAGUCGAUAGGUAGCACAGUAAGGCGUACGUGUAAAAAACUUGACUUAUAAUGUUCUUCGGAGCACCCGACCGCAAACGACUUGCGCCAAGUUGGUUGAAGUCGGGUGCAAUUUUUCAAGUCAUUCCACAAGAAAAUUCAUGACGAAUGGAAUAUAUCUUGAGACUUUUGUCCAAACUAGGGGUUUCCUGAUUUUCCAGAUUUUGAAACAAAAUUUCGAUGAUAGAAAAGCUUCAGUCAAGCUCAACUUUCAGAGUAAUGUUUUUCUUUAUCUCCCAACUGACCGGCGGAUUCCUGCUCGCCCACGUCGUCACAUACAACCAUUACUCCGUGGAGAAGUUCCCAGAAAGUUCAAACAUCAUGUCGAACUACGCCUGCCUUCAACUGAUGACCACGAGAAACAUGCGACCCGGAACUUUCAUCGACUGGCUCUGGGGCGGCUUGAACUACCAGGUAUCGAAAAAAUAGCCACCUGGAGUGCGCUCCAUGGAUAAGCCUACUAAGAAAUCAAUUUUUCUUAAAAAAAAAUACCGAAUUUUGGGCCAUUUAGCGUCUUUGGAAGCUCCCUGAACUGCUUCUGAAACAAUUCAAAUAAAAUUUUCAGAUUGAGCAUCACCUGUUCCCGACGAUGCCUCGCCACAGCCUCUCCAAGGUGAUGCCGAUGGUCAAGGAGUUCUGUCGGCAGAACGGCCUGCCCUACAUGGUCGACGACUACUUUACCGGCUUCCAACUCGAGCUCCAACAGUUCCACAACAUUGCCAAGAUCGCCAACAAGCUCACCUACAAGAUCAAAAUGUGA